AAGAGCAUGCAGGGAGACGGAGUCUUAUUCCAUGGAGAAGGACAGCGUGGAGACUACAUUACCUUGGAACUGCAGAAAGGGAAGCUCUCCUUGCACAUCAACCUGGGUGACUCCAACCUGCACUUCAGUAACAGCCACACGUCCGUCACCCUGGGUAGCCUCCUGGAUGACCAGCACUGGCACUCGGUUCUCAUAGAGCGCUUCAACAAGCAAGUGAACUUCACAGUGGACAAGCACACACAGCAUUUCCGAACGAAGGGGGAUUCAGAUCACUUAGAUAUUGAUUAUGAGCUCAGUUUUGGAGGGAUUCCUGUCCCGGGGAAACCAGGAACCUUUCAGAGGAAAAAUUUCCAUGGAUGCAUUGAGAACCUUUAUUACAAUGGAGUCAAUAUAAUUGACCUGGCAAAAAGGCGCAAACCUCAGAUCUAUACUGUGGUAAGAGACCAUAAUGCAUGCUUUCCUUCUUUACUUCCAUGCUGUUGGUGCUGCUGGCUGCAAUGAAUGAGUGGAGUUCAAAUUUAGAUAGCUGUGGGCAUAAUCAACUUGUUAAA